AUGCCACAAAUUGCAAUCGAUGGUGUAGAGAUUGAUUUUCCUUAUCAACCAUAUGAUUGCCAAAUUGAAUAUAUGACAAAGGUUCUGUUAUCAUUAAAUGAGGGUAAACAUGCCAUUUUGGAGUCACCUACUGGUACCGGUAAAACGUUAUGCCUGUUAUGCGCUUCAUUGGCAUGGCUUAAUAAACAAGCGAAUUCAGUACAAUCAAUAACAAAUGCUAAACAUCAAAAUACAAUGGGUAAACGGCCUACCAGUGAUAAUGUUGAUAAUACGUUAUCUCAUCAGAAUUUUCUUGCAAGUUUGGGUAAAGUGAAUAAUGGAUGUAAGAUUAUUUUUGCAUCAAGAACCCAUUCACAACUAGCACAGGCUAUUAAUGCAUUAAAACGGACGGUUUAUUCAAGACAUAGCGUCAGUGUCGUCGGGUCAAGAGACCAAUUGUGUCUUCUUUCCGAUGUAGCGUCGUUAGAGUCGAAUUCUGCCAAAAUUUAUGCGUGCCGUAUGAGAGUCCAAACGAGAACGUGUGAAUAUUUCAGGAAUUUUGACUCUAAACGUGAUGAUAUUUUAACCAAUUUAAAAUCUGAAGGUAUUGUCGAUAUUGAAGAUUUAUCUAAUUAUGGUCAAAAAAUAAAAUGUUGUCCUUAUUUCAUAUCGAGAGAACUUAAAACCGAUUCAUCUUUGAUUUUCAUGCCUUAUAAUUACGUGCUUGAUCCUCGAAUUCGAAGUCUUUAUAAUAUUAAUCUUGAAAAUACAACAGUUAUUUUCGAUGAAGCUCAUAAUAUUGAGCAAGUGUGCGAAGAUGCUUCAUCAGUGACAUUAAGUUCUGCUUUAUUAGCGUCAGCUAUUGAACAUGUUAAAUGUGUGUGCGAAAUUGUAUUUGAUCAUACUAAGGAGCAUCAAGAAAUAGAACUUUCAGAGAGUAACUGCAACAUGAAUCAAAAUAGUGAACAAAAACUCUCAGUUAUAACGAAUAGAAAAGGGUUGUUUGAUAUGACACAUCCUGAAGAAAAUGCAAUUGAAGCUUUGAGCAUUGAAAAAAUGAUUACAUUAAAAGGACAGUUGAUAGAAUUAGAAAGAUUAAUUGAUGAAUUAAAUGUCCCUCCGGAAGGUCUUACCAAAGAUGGCGCUUUCAUCUUUGAUCUUCUUAGUCGAGCUGGAAUCAAUCACUGGACCAAUAAUACUUUACAAACCGUAAUCGAUGAGAUUAUGUCAUUCACUAAUUCAACACAUAAUGUCAAAAUUCGCAAAACCAAAGGUUUACACGAAGUCAGUGAGUUUCUAAAAACUGUGUUCGGGUACCUCCCGGGUGAAGCAAAUGUAACUUUCAAUUUCAAGACACACUUUAAACUACAACAUAAUGAUUCAAUCUCGUGUUAUCGUUUACAUAUUAAAGAUGAUAUAUUAUCAGCUAACAAUUGUAAUAAGUAUGGUAAAAAUGCUUGGGAUAUGCAGCCUAAUACUACUACUACUGUUGGUGCAGCUAAUCGUACAAUUAGUUAUUGGUGUUUCAGUCCUGGACGUGCUAUACAACAAUUGAUCCAACAAAAUGUACGUUGUAUCAUUUUAACUAGUGGUACACUCUAUCCAAUUGAACCAAUAGAAGCUGAAUUAAACUUGAAAUUUCCCAUAUCACUCCGUAAUCCUCAUGUUAUUAAUCCAGACCAAUUGAAUUUAUCAAUUAUACCACGUGGACCCGAUGGAGAGAAAUUAAAUGCCACCUAUUCUGUACGAGAAACGUCUGCUUAUCGAAAUUCAUUAGGUCUACUAUUAAUUCAAUUAGCUGAAGUCGUACCUGCUGGCCUAUUAAUAUUUUUUCCAUCAUAUGCGUUUAUGUCACAGUGUAUCGAAUUUUGGAAGAAUGGUGAUAUUUAUGAAAAAUUAUCAAAAUUUAAACAUAUUUUUAUUGAACCACGUGAAAAAAGUCAGUUCAACAAGAUAUUUAAUGAAUAUCGAAGAACUGCAUGUAUUGAAAAUUCAAUCGGCGCAAUUCUUUUCGCUGUAAUGCGUGGACGUGUAAGUGAAGGGUUAGAUUUAGCUGAUAAUGCUGGUCGAGGUGUCGCUAUACUUGGUAUACCUUAUGCACCAAUCCAUGAUCCUAGAGUACUUCUAAAAAUGUCUUAUUUAGAUGAACAAUUUGUUAAAUUGAAAUCUAAUUUAACAAAUGAUCAACAGCAAAAAACUCUGAUUGAUAAAUAUCCAACUGGUCGUCAGUGGUAUAAUUUACAAGCAUGGCGUGCAAUCAAUCAAGCUGUAGGAAGAGUAAUUCGUCAUUACAAAGAUUAUGGUAUUAUAUAUUUAUGUGAUGAACGUUUUGCAUCGAAUAAUGCACAAAUGAAUUUAGCUGGUUGGAUGCAAACAAAAUGCAAAAUAUACAAUAAGGUGGAAUUACUUGUAAAAGAUACAUAUGAAUUCUUUUGUAAUAUGCGCAAUAAAUAUCCAUCCAUCGAUCGACCUGUUGACACUACUUCAAUUGUAAAUAAUAUGUUAACUGAGAAAAGUUCACUGCGAUCAAUAAAUCGAACACAACCAUCUUUAGAAAGAUCUAACUUGAUAUCAAAUCUCCCUUCAGCUUUUGAACUGAAUAUAUUCAGUCCAAAUGUGAAUGAUUCAGUUACUCUCAUAACAAGUUAUCAUUCGGACCACUCACCGUGUUCAUCAAAACUUCAUGAAUGUAAUGUUGAUUAUAAAAUAGAUUCUAUCUCGUCAUCAGCAUCCAUAUUUGAUACGGUGUACAUUGAAUCAGAGAAUAUAGACCAGAAUAAAUAUAUAUCAAAUUCUAAUUCAUACUCUGGUGAUCUAUUAGAACAGAAGUUAUUACAACGAAAACCAUGUAAACGAAUAAAACUUUUGGAACAGAAAAAUAAUUCUAUAGAAUUAUCAGAAAAUGUUUCAUCUACAACUAUUGUAAAUAAUGAUAAUUCUUUAUCAUCUAAAUAUAUGACCUUGUUAAAAUCUGUUCUUAAAUCGAAUGGAACCAAUGAAUCUGUUUAUGCAAGUCGUCUAAAUGAUUUUAAACAAGUUAUGAAAGAAUAUAGACAAGCUAUAACACUAAAUCAAAAUACAUUGAUCAAUCAGUCUAAUCAACUGGUAGAACUAUUAUUCACUCAAUUAUCUAGAAUAUUUAUACCAUUAGAAGCACCUGGACUUUUACAAGAUGCCAUUUGUUUUAUCUUACCGGAGCAUCGUAAACGUUAUGCUGAAUUGUGUCAUAAUUUGACGGGGUUACCAAUUAUUCAAUCAAAUUCAAUAAAUAAGUCUGUAGAUACUUCAAAUCAAGUGUCCCGCAGCCUAGCAAUUAAUUCAAAUCAGCCAGUGAAACUAGAGAAUAUACCUGAAGUCUCAAUGAAAUGUUGCAAAUGCUCAGCUGAUCCGGCACAAGUCCCAGUGAUAUCAUGCUGUAAGCACAUAGCUUGUUUUAAAUGUUGGCGACAUAUCAUCGACAAAGGUGAUCAUCAAUGUCCUGUAUGUAGAAAAUUACUGAGACGACGUGACUUAUCACGUCUGAUACAAAAAAAGGAUACGGAACAAAAUUUUUAA